CAUGAGCGGAAGUCACUCGUUGAGCAGUCUCCGGCAGUUUAUAUGAUAGGUGCCAUAUUCUGGACAGAGUAACACACCUUUAUUCUAUUCUUCCGGACGUCCACGCCAAUGGCGGAUGAGGCCACCCGGCGGGUCGUGUCUGAGAUCCCGGUGCUGAAGACGAACGCCGGACCCCGAGAUCGAGAAUUGUGGGUGCAGCGACUAAAAGAGGAAUAUCAAUCCCUUAUCCGGUAUGUGGAGAACAACAAGAAUUCAGACAAUGAUUGGUUCCGAUUGGAGUCUAACAAGGAAGGGACCCGGUGGUUUGGAAAAUGCUGGUACAUCCAUGACUUACUCAAAUAUGAGUUUGACAUCGAGUUUGAAAUUCCUAUCACAUAUCCCACUACUGCUCCAGAAAUUGCAGUCCCUGAGCUGGAUGGAAAGACAGCGAAGAUGUACAGGGGUGGCAAAAUAUGUCUGACUGAUCAUUUCAAACCUUUGUGGGCCAGGAAUGUGCCCAAGUUUGGACUAGCUCAUCUCAUGGCACUAGGGCUGGGUCCUUGGCUGGCAGUGGAAGUCCCUGAUCUGAUUCAGAAGGGUGUAAUCCAGCACAAAGAAAAAUGCAACCAAUGAAGGAUCAAGCCACUGAGGCAGGACAGAGGGAUUUUUGAUAGGCUGUAUUCCUGUUUUCUUGUGAACCGUUCUUACUCAUGAUUCUUUGAUGGGUCUCCUCUGGUGGUUACAAAUUAUCUAUAGCUGGAUUGGGGGAAAAACCCAACAAUAGGGUAAGGUCACAAAGUUUCUAAGUUUAGCUGUACAGGGAGGUGAAAGACUUGGGCCUUGAAAUAGGCAAUUUGUAUCCCUUCUCCAAGUGGACCCUGGAGGCAUCUUGGAGGCAUAGGGGGUUAACUGACAGCUCAUAGCUUUUAUGGUUUCUGGAAACAACCUGUCAAUAAAAGCUGCUUCCGAUGUAUGUA